AUGGCACAGGACCCUCGAGCACUAUUACAGAAGGCCGAGAAGACCGCUCAAGGUGCCACAGGAGGAUUCAGCUUGUUUGGAGGCCGGGCCGAGAAGUGGGAAAAUGCAGCAGAUCUAUACACACAAGCGGCCAACGCAUUUCGGGUACAGAAGCAGAAUUAUGAAGCCGGCCAGGCUUUCGAGAAAGCCGCCUCGAUACAACAAACUAAACUGAAUGAGCCGGACGACAUGGCCAACACCCUAACCGAAGCAUUCAAAGUCUAUCGUAAAGAGUCACCCCAAGACGCCACAAGGGUUCUCGCCGCCGCCAUCUCGCAUUAUACGACCAAAGGCAACUUCCGGCGCGCAGCGACGCACCAACAGAAUUUGGCAGAGGUAUACGAGAUGGAGAUUGGGGAUCAGAAGAAGGCACUUGAGGCCUACGACACAGCUGCACAAUGGUACGAGAGCGACAAUGCCGAGGCCCUCGCCAACAAACUGUAUCUAAAGGUAGCGGACUUGGCGGCACUGGAGGGAGAUUAUCAAAAUGCAAUUGCAAAGCUCGAGUCCGUCGCCAAGUCGUCGCUGAAUAACAACCUCAUGCGUUGGUCCGUCAAGGAUUACUUCCUCAAAGCAGGCAUCUGUUACCUCGCCGCUGGUGACCAGAUCGCUACGAAACGGGCGUUAGACCACUACCGCGAACUCGACAACAGUUUUGCAGGCACACGCGAGAAUAUGCUGCUUAACGAUCUCGUGGCGGCCGUUGAGGAGGGCGACCAAGAGGGCUUCGCUGAUAAGUUGUUCCAGUUUGACCAGCUGAGUAAGUUGGAUAAGUGGAAAACGACGUUGUUGUUGAGGAUCAAGAAUUCUAUUGAGAAGCAGGAGGAAGAUUUCUCAUAG